AGAUAAGGUCUAUCACCAUUACAAAAGUGCACCGCCGCUAUUCGUAUGUUAGCGUAUGGAUCACCUGCUGACAGUGUUGAUGAAUACGUUAGAAUUGGUGAAAGUACUGCAAUUGAGUGCUUAAAGAAUUUUGUAGAAGGUGUGUGUGAAGUAUUUGGUGGGCAAUACUUGAGGCGUCCAAACGAGGAAGACAUGACACGCCUACUUCAAUGGGGGGAGUCUCGUGGAUUUCCAGGUAUGUUAGGUUCCAUUGAUUGUAUGCAUUGGGAAUGGAAGAAUUGUCCAGUUGCGUGGAAAGGUCAAUACACCCGAGGUGAUCAUGGAAGACCCACAAUCAUGCUUGAAGCAGUGGCAUCACAAGACUUGUGGAUUUGGCAUGCAUUUUUUGGCAUUGCAGGCUCAAAUAAUGACAUUGCUGUGCUAAACCAAUCUCCCGUGUUUAAUGAGGUUUUGCGUGGAGCUGCUCCCAUGGUGAAAUUUAGAGUGAAUGAAACAAUGUAUCACAUGGGAUACUAUCUAGCAGACGGUAUCUAUUUCGAGUGGGGUACAUUUGUGAAGACCAUCCCAAUGCCACAAGGAGAAAAAAAGCAAAAGUUUGCCAAAAGACAAGAAGCAGCAAGAAAGGACGUGGAACGUGCAUUCGGAGUGCUCCAAUCUCGGUUUGCGAUUGUCCGUGGUCCAUCACGCUGGUGGCAUCCGAAUGACAUGAAGUCAAUCAUCUAUGCUUGCAUCAUAUUGCAUAACAUGAUUGUUGAAGAUGAGCGCAACACGUACAAAGGUAAUUUUGUUUAUGAGCAGGUCAAUAAUGACAUAUCGGAUGCUGAAGUAUUAAGCGGUCCUAUUCCCGCUUUUAGAAAUAUGUUGGAAAGGAGAGCACAUCAAAUUGAAAAGUCAAUCCAUCGCCAACUUCAAGCAGACUUGGUGGAGCAUAUCUGGGACCUUCCUGAAAUCGAUAAUAAUGAAACUUAAUCUUCACGCCUUGAUGUGUAUUUCGUUUCAAAUGUAUUGUUGUUUAUUUUUCAUUCUCAUGUAUUUCCUUUCGUAUUUAUUUUGUUAAUGUAAUGUAUUAAGGUCUCUCUUAGGGAUUGUUGUACUCUUUUUCCUUCACUAGGCUUGUAUCCCAAUUGAGCUUUUCCUAGUAAGGUUUUAAUGAGGCUCUCUCUCUCAAGUUUGGCUCUCUUUUAUUUCUAUAAUUCAAUACAAUGUACUUUUUUUAAAAUUUUAGGAAAAUUAAUUUUAAAUUAAAUUAGUAU